ACGUGAUACAAAUCCACUCCACGUGCUGCUCUCCCGGGCUCUCCAUUCUCCUGGCGCGCGUGCGAGCUCUGCAGUCUCCGCCUUUGUCUCUGGGGAGCGGAGGGAUUCUGGUGCGGGAACAACGUUGCUGUUCAAUAGCCUGCUUUGGGCAAGGUUGCGCUGCCAGCUGCCUAGGGUAGGAUCCAGUUGGGCACCUAAGAUGCCAAAACGGGGCAAGAAGAAGGAAGGUGAAGCCCUUCCUGAGGAGAAGGAGACAGUGGCAGAACCAGAGCCUAAGAAGGCUAAGAAAGGUGGGGCGAAAGCUGAGAAGGAGGCCGAUGGUCCAAUCCUGUACCAAGACCCCCCUGACAAACUCACCUCACCCAGUGGCAAGAAAUACACCUUGAAGGUCACCUCCUGGAAUGUUGACGGGAUCCGAGCCUGGUUUAAGAAGAAGGGGCUGGAGUGGGUGUGUGAGGAGAAGCCGGACAUACUCUGCCUCCAAGAGACGAAAUGCGCAGAAAAACAGCUGCCGGCCGAGAUCCGGGAUCUGGCCGACUAUCCCCACAAGUACUGGGCCUGCUCUGAUGACAAGGAAGGCUACAGUGGGGUGGCCCUCCUCUCCAAGGCCAAGCCUGUCGAUGUCACCUACGGUAUCGGCGAGGAGGAGCAUGACAAGGAAGGCCGGGUGAUCACGGCUGAGUUCCCCUCCUAUUUCCUGGUGACGGCCUACGUUCCCAAUGCAGGCCGGGGCCUGGUGCGACUGGAGUACCGCCAGCGCUGGGACGUGGCCUUCCGCUCCUACCUGCAAGGCCUGGCUGCCCGCAAGCCCCUCGUCCUCUGCGGGGACCUCAACGUGGCCCACCAGGAGAUCGACCUGAAGAACCCCAAGGGCAACAAGAAGAACGCCGGCUUCACCCCCGAGGAGCGGGAGGGUUUCGGCAAGCUGCUGGAGGCCGGCUUUGCCGACACGUUCCGCCACCUCUACCCCGACACCCCCUACGCCUACACCUUCUGGACCUACAUGAUGAACGCCCGGGCCAAGAACGUGGGCUGGCGGCUCGACUACUUUGUGGUCUCCAAAGACCUGCUGGAGAACGUCUGCGACAGCAAGAUCCGAUCCACGGCCUUGGGGAGCGACCACUGCCCCAUCACCCUGUACCUGGCUGUGUGAUGGAGAGUCAAGGGGAUGGAGGGCGGUUACUAACAUGGGUCCUCUGAUAAUUGCAGCUUGAGCCGAGAGGUGGAUAGAGAGACCCAGCCCUAGAAAGUCCUGCUUGUGGGAUUUGAGAUCAUGUUCUUUCAGUAUGCCAGGGGUCGCCAACAUGGUGCCAUCCAGAUGUCUUGCUCUUGGGAAGUGCAAUCCACAACAUCUAGAGAGCAUUAUGGUGGCAAACUCUGGCCUAUGUUCAUGCCCACUCUUCUCUAGUGGGGGCUUCAAAUUUCUUUGUUCACAGCAAGGUAUCUGCACUGGGUUGCCUGCUCCUGAUCGGGGAGACUGCCUCUUUUGCAAUUCCGCCUCUCCCCCAAGGAUGGUUUUGGGCUUGUGAAAUGGUGUAGUGCGCUGGGGGAAUCCAGUGCUGCAGAAGUUCAUGCACCUUUUCCCUCCCCCCUCCCCCUGCAAGUCAGCAGGGUACCGUUUUCCACUCUAGAGCAGAUGGGAGGGAAGAGGCGGGAGAUGCAGGAUAAGCCAUAUGGUGUCUUUCUGACUCAGGGCUGUUAAAUGUGAGGUUGGUAUCGCCAGUUCAGCAGCUGGCAACCCUUGUGUGAUGUGGUUCUCGAAAGUGGAAGUUUCUCUGGUAUUUAGGAAAAGCUGGAGUUUUCUCUCCGUCAACCUAACACUGUUUUCCAUCUCCUUUGGCCUCUAACUGUCCAUCCUCCCUCCCUUAUUUUUCUACCUAGCAGCUACCUGUUUUCUCCUUACAAAAGGCUGCCCCCCUCCUCUAGGCAGCAAUGGUGCUCCGAGACAAAAGAUUUAACUCUUCUGGAAAAAGUGUAUUAAACUUUCCUUUAUAUAUAUAUAAAAUGUGAAUUUCUACA